UUGAUGGUCCAUUUAUUAAUCUUAAAGAAAAUCAAUACUAAAUUUAAUUUAAAAAGUAAAGUGGUGCUUAAAUAUUUCAUUUUGGUAAUGUCUGUUUACAUUGUCUAUUUUUUUUUCUUUUAUGACUACUGUAGUUUAUUAAAAAAGCACAAUAUCUUAAGAAGUAGAAUAUUGUCAGGUAUAAUGUGACAUUUUAUUUAAAAAACAGGUGUUCUUUUAAUAAAAGUGUCACAAUGACAUCCUUCACAUGGUGAAUUGAGUCACAAAGGCUUAUAGCCUUUUUGUAUUUUGAAUCACGGUGUUAACGUUUGGUCAAGGGUUGUAACAUGUGCCCCAGAUAUUGGAGUUAUAUUGGCUGCAUGCUGCAUGAAAAUUGACAUCCACAUAGACAAGUGUCAAAGUCAGGUGUUUGCUUGCUGCAUCUGUCAGUCACUCUUUUUUUUAGAUGUCAGGUGACUUUUUGGGUUGAUCUCGUCUAAAAAUUAAAAGAAAAACUUUUCAAAAAUGGCAUUACAUUCCGCUAUUAAAGGAAAAUUAAUAUCAGUCAUAGGAGAUGAGGAUACCUGUGUAGGAUUUCUUCUGGGCGGAGUAGGUGAAAUUAAUAAAAACAGGCACCCCAAUUUUUUGGUUGUAGAUAAAAAUACUGCUGUAAGUGAAAUUGAAGAUACCUUCAAACGAUUUCUUAAAAGAGAUGAUGUUGAUAUUAUUUUAAUUAACCAGAACAUUGCGGAAAUUAUCAGACAUGUAAUUGAUAGCCACAAUUCUCCUAUUCCAGCUGUCCUUGAAAUUCCUUCAAAAGAUCAUCCAUAUGAUGCUAGUAAGGAUUCAAUUUUGAGAAGAGCUAAGGGCAUGUUCAAUCCUGAUGAUUUGUAAAUAUUUUUGUUUUGUUGAUGUAUAAAUUUAGAGCAGUUUUAAUUUUACCUUUAAAGUAGGAAGAAAUAUUAGAUCAGAAUAUAUUGGUCACAUAAUUUAAUGUUUGUUAAGAGUAUUACUUUUAUAUUUUCAUGAAAAAGUGGAAAUAUGUUAUUGUUAAAAUAAUAAAUGUUUCUGGUUGUAAAUAGCAGUAUGAGUUUCUUUCACGUAAUAAAAUAAGGAUUUUAAAACCAAUAUGGACAAAAGAAACUUAUCAGAAGUAAUUUGUAAGUCUUUAUAUAAGACUAUUAGUUUUCUACAUGAAUUAUUCUUUGGCUAUCAAAGUACCUAUAUAUAUAUACUUACCAUCUGAUUUAAAUAUAUAAAAGAAAUAUCUUCAGAAAUACCUAAUAUACUAAAAUUUGUACUUUGUUGAUUUCUUUAAUAUUUGAACUGUAUGUAAUUUCUGUUUUUGUUCAAAACA